CACUGAAAUAGAUACAAGUGAUAAGGAGAACGCACUGUAUUACUCCUAGCAAUCACAAUGUGAAUUUUAAUUGAAUGUUGGUUGUUUCCGUCGAGCCUUCCUUACAUCCGGUUCGUUUCCUGCGAAAAAAUAUUAUCGAAAAUAGCACUUGAUUUUCAAUUGUAAUCUUGUUUCAAUAAGUGUUUCAGAAUAACCUAAGUAUGUUAAGUGGAGCCGAAUUUAUAUUAUCCUCAGCAGGCAUUUCAAAGCUGAUUUCUUUGAUUUGUAUGAUUGUCGGGGGCCUGAUUUUUAUUGUUGCUGGAGAUUGUACUGAUUCUUCAUUUUGGUCAAUGUUCUACAUAAGUUCUACGACAAUAAGUGCCUUACUAUCUUUUUUCUCCUAUACGAUGUAUGCCUUGAAUUUGAUCAAAAGCGACGAAGGCUUGAAAGUGCAGAAUAUGGUAGAGAUAACAUUCGCUUAUAUUGUAUUUUUGGUACUUCUGAUUGCUUCCAUCUUGAUGACGACUUCAUGUAACAAAAAAUAUGCCAUCGACUUCGUCCCAGAGCCACUAACCAUUAUCGGUGCCAUUCUGUUAGCAAUAGGAGCAACACUCCUUUUUCUGGAUUGGCGUUCUGGAGAUAAUGCAGAACAUUUACAAAUGAGUUUUGCAGAACCUGUGAGACCGCAACCAAACCACCAUACUAUUAAUCCAACUACGUAUAGAAAAUCAAUUCUUGUAUAGUUUUUAUUGAUGAAUAACGA